CUCGAAACGCGUUUAUGAAUGGUUUAACGCUGAUGUGCGGUACGAAAUAUUGAGAAACAAUUGUUCGAUUAAUUACAACAACAAAACUUAUAAUAACAAAUAUAAAGUAGUGCAAUAACAACUAUAUACUUAUACACAUAUAUAUGUAUAAUGUGCAUUUAAAGCUUUCGUGUUUGAAUCUUUCGAAUUGGUACAAUCGUUAAUUCGAAUCGGUUAUACAUGAGUGAUAUUUUGUGAAUGGAUUUUUAACAACAAAUUAUUUCAAAGUCACUGUUGUUAUAUUUUGACUGAACAGUCACCAAAAAUAUACGAAGUUUGCAUACAAAUGAAAGCAUGCAAGAAAAAUGAAACAUAUAAAAGUGCCCAUAUAUGCGUCUGUAUGCAGAAAAUAAAGCAACUGAAACACAUAUGAUAUAUAAUAGUAUAUAAAAGUCUGAACAAUUUACUUAUCUCUUCGCUCAAUUUUUAUUACUUUUCAAUGUUGUUGUGGUUCUUAGUGUUGUUUCUAUUUGUUCAUUUAGAGCUACAGCAGUUAUCGGCGUCUACAUUUUCUUGAAUUUCAUUUGCUUAUUAAUUUGUAUGGAAACAAUAAUAACAUAUUUUUCUUGUCAACAUCAGCAAAGUACGGAGCGAGCAUGUAACAGCAAAGUACUAUAACCGCAUUUGUAGUUAUACAUGUAUACAUACAUAUAUAUAUUGUUAUAAUCCACUUACUUUCAAUAUUAAAAAUAGUAUUAGUGCAAAUAAAAAAAGUUACUUUGGGUAAUUGCAACUGUAAAAAGCUUGUAAGCUUAUAUUGAACCCAACAAUAACAUUAUUUUCAAUACAAAAUGCAUAAGACUUGGCUUAUGUAAAGAUAAUCUUUGUUCAGUAAUAACUUGUUUGCCCAAAAUAACGGUAAAAGUUAAUUUUUGUAUUUACAUAUUGAAUGGGUUAUAAAAAUGUGAAUAUUAAAUAAAAAAUAUCGUGCUGCGUUAAUAACAAAGGAAUAAUUACUUAUAAAAAAAUUAAAGCAAAAAAAAAAAUCAACAAAAAGCAAUCAUAUAAUAAGAAAUCACCACAUGUUUUCACGCCGAAAAAAGUGCAUUGCAAGAAAUAAUAAAUGAGUUCUUGUGUAACAAAAAAUUAAUUACUAAAUUUUUGGCAAACAAAAGGCUUACAAAAUUAAUAACAACAGCAACACAAUAUAAGUUGUUUAAAAAAACUGUCUUAACGGUGGGUGAAAAAUAAAUAAAAGUAAAUAAUAAUAGCAACAAGAAUAAGGAACUGCACAUACUAAGCGCGGAUCCGACGCACACGCACAUAGCAUGGAAAUACCAGCGCUUCGCGGCCUCAAUGGCCUGCUGUUGAUACUGGCGGCUUCACUGCUUGCUGUUGUACAGUCACAAGAUACAUCGGGCUACUAUUUUGCCACACCCAACACACAGACGCGCUUUGUGCCAUCCGCUGCGUUCCAGUCGAAUCGUCAGCCCGCGCAGGCGGCUUAUUUGACAGCGUCACGUGGUGGCGGCAAUGCGUUGUCCAAUGGUGCUUACACCCAACCGGGUUCAUAUCAAGAGCAGCUGCUAUUCAUCAGCAAUGAUGGCAAGCAGCAGCAGUCACAACAACCGGCUUCAUCGGUGGCAUAUUCGCCGUUUGGUGCGCAAAUUUCGCAAACCCGCAAUCCCGAUUACUACGACAUUUCACCGCGCCCCUUUGGUUCGCCCGCUUCAACGGGCCUCAGCACCGCAGCUAGUGGGUUUUCUCGUUCCAAGGCAAUACGUCCGAUCGGUGGAGGUUUUGUGCCAUCACAACAAAGUUCCGUACGCGCGAAUGUACCACAUCAGCAGUCACAAUUUUUGGCACAUUUCAAUGAGCCGGCUACAUCCUCCGCCAAUCGCCCAUCAGCGAAUAGCUUAUCUGGCUCGUUUCAACGACCUUUCGGCAGUAGCGGCUUCGUGCCCAGUUCUAAUCGUAAUCGUCCAGUCGCCGCAGCUUCUAGCGGCUCGAACUACAAUACCGAUUUAUCACCAAAUUCAAGCCAGUCCGCAUUCUCGCAACCAUCUUUCAAAAACACGCGCAAUCGUUUCCAACCUAGUAACGCUAAUUCGGCUGCUGCCUCAGCCAGCACGGAAUCGCCAGCGUCUAGCACGAAACGAUACAACCGCUUCGGUGCAAGUCGUUCGCAGAAUACACUAAAAGCACAACAACAACCGACUCCUUAUAAUACACCUGAAACCUCAUCACAACGUCCCACAUUUGGACGGGUUACUGGCAAUAAGUCGACCAGUUUUCAACCGAGACGACCAGUUUUCAUUAGCCGAGAGAUUAACGAACCCGUAAAUGUGGCGAAAGUGCAGAGACCGUUCUCUGCCGGACGUGUCAAGUUGCCCGUCAAAGAGGCUCUCUUCAAGCAAUCCACGACAGCUUCUGUGAAAACGACAUCAGCCAUUACACCCACCAGUGAUAGCGAGGAAUAUUACGAGGAUGAAAGUGGUAGCCAAGCGGAUAUGAGCUCCACAAAAGAAACAAGUCUGGAAAAGUUGGAACUGCAUGAAGCCGAAGAGACAACGGUCUCAGUUAUAACAACUGCAGAUACAACACAGUCCACAAUAAGCGCUGAGGGCGAAGAGACAACAGCUCUGCCGUUAGAUGAUGACAAAUCAGAAGCGACCGUUGAGCAAGUGAAUGAGGAAAACACGAGUAAUGAAUCAAAUUACGAAUCAAUAGAUGUCACCACACAUCGUAGCUCGGAGUACGAGUAUGAAUAUGCGGAUGAAGAAGAAUCCACAGAGGCUACUGUAAAGGAAAUUAAACCAAAACAGUCUUCGACUACUUCAGCGAGUGAAAUCACCACUACAAUCCCUACCACAGUAGAAGUAUCAGCGAUCACUACAGAGCAGCCUCAGACAAUCUUAAGCAAUCGGGAAGUUGAAGAGUCAUUAGAGAUACUAACGACUGCAAAUCACGACACAACUACCGCUAUGCCUGCAAAUCAUAAAACGACUGAAUCUGAACACUCGGAAGAUAACGAAGACGCAAACUAUGAAGGUAGCGCUGAAUACGAUGAAGACGAGUACGAAGAAGAAGAUGAAGAAUUUGAGGAAACGGAAGAUGUAAGUCAAGAACCAGUAAAUAAUAAGGACAUUAUCGAUCGCGAGGUCAUAUCAGUAGUGACUACCAAAAGCGUGGUGAAUGGCUCAACCGCCUACCCCACACCGGUUACACAACGUACAACAACUGUUUCCAGUGAGGAAGAAGCCAUCUUUAUGGAAAAUAAAGUACAACCGGCUAAAAUGGAUAAAGUGGAAGCAGCCGAAGUUGAAGUUGCCGAAAAGGGCGCCGACAAUUCUACAACCAAUGAUGAUUCUAUGAGUAAUACAACCGAGAGUUAUGUUGUAAUCGCCUCCAUACAAACAAGCCGUAGUAUAAAUGGUGCACGAUUCCUACCUUUCCCCGCUAUUGAGCAAGAGGAAACCAAGCAGACCCUCUCCGAGCUGGAACGCAAAAUUCAUGCACAAAAGACAGCGUCGAAGAAAACUCAUAAAGACAUGGAAACAGACGAAGUCUCAGAAAGUGGUGAGGAAUUAAUGGCGAAUGUAACGGAGAAGUCCAGCACGAAUGUUGCGAUCUCUUCAACUGAAAGCAUUAUCGAUAAAUUAGAUCGUGUGCAAUCGGAACUGUCUAGUGGUCUACUCUCUGGAAAAUAUCCCAUUAUUACCGAAAUGGAUGUGUCGACAAAGGCCACCACUACUACCUCAGGUUCGAAAUUCGUACCAAAUAUACGUAAGUUCCAGCCAAAGACUACCGCCGCCUCAAAAGUGAAGGUGCAUCAUUUCGAUGAGAGUGAAAUGGAUGAGUUGGCUGGCUUAUUGCCAGUAGGUUUCAAACCACGUCCAUCGUAUAAGAAUCGUAAGAUUACUACUACAACGUCUGCUGCACCAGAGGUGGUAGAACCUGAAGGGAAAAAACCAACUCGUAACUCCACAAUUGGUCGCUCAUUUAAGAAUAAUGCUGUAAUUGUACAGGACGUCGCCCUUGCAGGUCUUUUACCUAAAGGAUAUAAGCCACCAACCACAACAGAAGCCACUACCAAAGCCGAUAUCACAGAUCUCUUCAGUAAAAUUAAGUUCGACGAUAGUCUAGAAAAGUUACUGCCGAAGGACUAUAAAGAGAAAGCAGUCACGACAGCCAAACCGGCUGUAACGCUUGUGGAUGAUAUCUCCAAGUUCUUACCACCGGGUUACAAAUUAUCUUCCACUACCACAGCACCAACUAAGAAAUCUGCUGUUGCCGUACUAGACGAUAUCAGCAAGCUUUUACCACCUGGUUACAAAUCACCUUCUAAAUCCUACGAUGAAACUGAUGAAUUAGCCGGUGGUAUUAUACCGUUGAAGGCUAACGACAUAUCCAAACUUCUACCACCGGGUUAUAAACUCAAUGAGACAAGUACUAAGGACAUUUUACCAGUUCCCGAGAGCAUCGACAUUUCACAGUUAUUACCGAAAGACUACAAACCUAACGCAACCACUGAGAAACCCGUAGAAACAGUCGAAGUAAAAACCUUCAAGGAUUCUAUGACAGCAAUGAAAGCUGCUUCAACUACUGAAGCAAGCUCCUCCGCAGCACCUGAAGGGGUCGACAGCACUACUGCUGCUUCUGGUUUCAAGGUAGUCUUUCCAAAAGGCGUACACAAACGAAUAGGCGCGCAACGUUUGACCACACCGCGUACAACUGGUGGCGAUAAUGCCAGCGAAGUGGGCAACUCACCAGCAGUGGUCAUAAAGAAAGGACCGCCUACACGUGCAACUACCGAGUUCACGGGUUGGCCCACACCAUCCACAACACCCAUAUCUAUCGAGAAAUUGCUGGAACAAAGCAGAACGGUGAGUAUUAACUUUGAGGAUCUACUUUCGUCCAGCAGCACCAGUACUACAACGACGACAACCACAACAACAACGACCACAACUCCACGACCUACAAAACCCGGACACUGCACGUCCGAUUGUGACCUCGCAGCAACGAUAAAGAUUAUAGAUGGGCUUGCAUGGAAGCCGGAACUACUAGAUCACAAUACAGUCGAGUGGAAGAAUCUAGCGCAUGAAGUGGAGGCAGAGCUUAACGAGGUCUACUCGAAGGCGCCGCAAUUGUCUCGCUGGUACAAAAAAGUACGCAUUGACAGCUUUAGCCAGGGCAGCGUGCUUGUGGAUUACUAUGUAGAACUUGCAAACAUCACCGAAGAUGUAAACACUUUAGAGAUCAAAAAACUCUUCCACGAUGCUUUGACUCACCCGCCACCAGAGAUGAUUUUGGCACACAAACCCGUUACGGAAAACGAAACCGACAAUGAGGAUGAGAGCGGUAACAAUAAUGCGCAAUAUCGCGAAGGGAAGGAGGAAAAACUAAUCAAGGAGACAUUCUUAAUGGGAAAAUAUGUUAUAGAUCCAUCGGCCACAGACUUUAGUGUGAUACCCAAGUCCCUCUCACCUAUGGUUGAGUUUGCCGAAGAAGAUCAACUGAUACCUCAAUGGGCGAUUGUGAUAAUUGUGAUAGGUGUGGGCUCAUUGAUCUUCGUUAUAAUUUUUGGUGUGACUGUGCUACUUAACCGGCAAAAGCGCUCCAAAAAGACACCCAUACCACUAACCAACGAUAUGUUGAAUGAGUUGAAGAUCAAUCACAUGGGUGGUGCGGAUAAUUAUGGCGUCGAUGAUUUCUAUAACAUAGAUGAUGCUUGGAACGACACUAAGCAACCGAUUAAACCAAAGCGUUUCACGAAUUCCCUGCACGGCAGCAACGGUUCUAAUAUCUACGACAGCUGGCGCUCCACACGUCACGGCGAUUAUUUGUAUGAUUCUCAAACUAAUUACUCACAAAAGGGUGACUCUUUGCAACGUGCUCACCAUCAUAAUAAUCAUCAUCAGCAUCAUCAUCACCACCAGCAGCAACAACAUCAGCAACCACACCAUCAACAACAACAUACGAUGUCACAGCAUCAGCACCCAUAUCAUCAGUAUCCUGAUGCCUUUGCGGAUGCGCAUCCAAUGUACACGUACAACAACAAUAGCGGUAGCAAUAGCAAUCAUGCGAGUCGAGCGUCUCGUUAUCAGCGAGACUACGAUCCAGACUUUUAAGUGAUACAAGCAGAAGUGUUGAAGGAGGUAAAGGUAAAUCAAUUAUUAGUAGCGGAAAUUUCAGAGAAUUCAUUAUAGAAAGCUUAUAUGGUUUAUGCUUAAAAAUAUAAACUCUUAAGUGAGGUUAGAAACGAAAAAGAAAUUGACUUAAUACAUAUCUCGUUUAGCUGCAGUUAAAAUUUAUAAAUUCCAGCUGAUUAUAUUUAAUACCCACAUAUAAAUGAAGAAAUUACAAAUGAUAUGCAUAAAACGAAAAAUACUCAAAUCACAGACUAGCAGAUUAAUAAUCUGUUACGUAUGAAAUCUAAUUGUGUAUGAAAAUUAUAGGAAAUAUAUUUAUUAUUGUAAAAAACAGCACUCAUUAAACGAUGUUGUUAUACCUAAACUAUUUCUAAUAAAAACGAAAUAUAACGAGUUUAUUUAAACUGUUAAAAUCCAAGAAAUCCUAAUGAUUAGUCUUCCUGCGCGGCGAAAUUUACCCCGCUUUAAUGCUAUUUCGCUUCUAAACAUAAAUUUCACGUGCCUUUUGAAAAUUUUUAAGUAACUGCUUUUUAGAAAAAUUAUGAAAACAAAAAAAGCAAAAGCUAGAAACAAAAAUUAAAACAAAAUUAUUGAAAAUAAUAAAACAAAAAAAUUUUAAAUGUGAAACAUCGUCACCUUUAACACACUGUAUAUAGUGUUUAAAACGUUUCGAUAUAUAUUAUACUUCAUUAUACUCGUUUAUAUGAACACUGCAUUGUAAGCGGCCGACUCGAGUUAAAACGAGUUGAAAUUAGUCACGAUUAGUGUUAAAUCACUUUUAGGAAACAUAAUAAUAUUGUCUAAUUUAGUCUUGUACGAACAACAAAAAAAUUAACAAUAUAUUUUUUAUAAAUUAAUGCGUAAGCAAAAUUAAGUUAAUAUAAUAAUAUAUAAUUUAACUCAUGGUUUGUAAUUAUAAUUAUAAUAAAAAUAUAACAACAAAUAUACAUACAUGGUAUAAAUACAUAUAAAUUGGGCUUUUAUUUGUUGAGGUUAAAUAAUUAAAAAAAGUUAAGAUAUUGAGGCAUUUACUCGCGAUAAAACUAUUUGGGCCCCUAGUGAAUGGUAUACCAUGAUUUCAAACGCAAGAACUAAUCCCGAAAUAAUGAAUAAUUCUGAUUUCAAAAAUUGGAAAACAUUUUCUCAAACUAUGUUUCCCACUUCAAUUAAAAUCUCUUUUCCAAAAUUACGUUCUGCUUCGUUAGAAAAAAAUAAUCCUAUCAUGAAACUUAAGUACGGAUAUUUUGACGAUUCCAAAAUUGAAGAAUACGAUCUUAACUCCAUUGUAAGAUCAAGACGAAAUAAUUCUUUAAUAGAAAAUGGACCUCUACGCUUAUAUGAUAAUUUAUUAAAAAUUUCUUCAAAAAAAUACAAAGAUCGAAAAACACUAUGUGAUAAAAACACAAUACCUACAAGAUUUCACAGCGAAUUUUUAAAUUUGAAAUACGAUAAAUUAUUAAAGAUGUUCUAC